AUGGAUGUCCUACUCUCAAAGGUCACCCAGCAGGCUAUGAGCUAUGCCAUCAGAAGCGGCAUAGCAAUCACCAGUCACUAUGCACUAAAACAGUGCGGCCGUCUAAUGAAGACUGUCGAUGGCCAGGAGAAGCAGGAACUUGCUGCCCUGCAGAUGAGGUUGGAUUCCAAAAUCAACAUCAUAUCCCCUGCCAUCGACAUGAUCGAAUUGAUUGCAGCACGUGGCAACACAUCGCUAGAAUCUGCCGUUGGCCUGACCAAGUCGCUGCGGUGGGAAAUCCAAACACUAGGCAAUCGAGUUGAGAAGGCCGUAGCCGAGGAGCAGCUCACCAGAAGAGGAAGCUCGAGAGCAAAGUCACGCGACCAAAACAUCAUCGAGCUCAAAGUGAUUAUCGGAGAUAUGAAGCGACUGUUGGAGCGCAUCGAGGAUGCAGUGCCACUAAUCAACCUUGCCAUCACCACAUCUGGUGUCAACCUCUCCACCACGCUACCGGCUACAGUGUCGCCAUCAAGGCUACUGCAAGCAAGUACUUUCCUUACCUCUGGUGACAUGCAGUACUGUGCAAACAAGCCCAGAGCCCAGCAGAUUGGACCAACAUUUACCCUAUCCAUGUACAUGCUAUUCUCUGGUCAUGCAAACCGACCUCAGGAAGAAGACUUACGCGAGACGACUUGGAAAGAAGUCAUGCACAAGGCCCGUGUCACGCUCAUGAGGGUGCCGCUGGACAAUGUCUACGACUACCCUACACCUUUUGGACAAGAUAGUAGCCGGGCUGACGAGUCAAGCCACCGGCAUAUACCAUCCGAAAAUAUUAUGCAAGAAUUUGCAUAUCAGCUGCUCAUUGUCGAGGACUUGGACGACGGUCGCAUGCACGAUUACGAAGACGGCGAGCCACAGCCUGAGCCAUAUGAUGGCAUUCGUGAAGCUGGUGUCAGGGAGAUCAUACCCAUUCACGAAGUUGCCAAAAUCUUCUAUGCCGAUACUGGUAAAAUUCUUAACAUUGGUGCUGACGGCGAGAGCAACAACCCCAUCUUGCUACUCAAGAGAGAUGUCAAUGCAGCACCCCCACGGCGCAUGAUGGAGCGAGAUACGGACGAUACUAAUUACAAAUCCGAUGAUUCCCACACCAUCGGCGGCGAUGAAUCAGAUUUAGAGCAAAGCCAGCUUGAAGACCAAUUGCGGCGCGAAUCGACUCCAAACCCAGAACCAUCAGCCCCACAAGAGCCAGAACAACCAACAUAUCCCUGGCGUCUACCUCCCACGCUGGAUCUAGAAUGGAUGGCCUUUGAGGUGUACACUGAAGACCCAUCGACUGAUUCAGAGGUGGAUGAGACAGAGGACUUGGAAGAAGAGGUCUCAUCGCCUGCUCCAGCGGAUCGGCCAACCCACAACGACCGCUUCUCAACCCUUAACAUACAACCCAGCACACCCACAGAUUCACCAAAGUCCACGCCGCAUAACCAAAUCAUUCCAUCACCGGAGAAGGUCUCGGCGCCAGUACCACGAUAUACACAAGCUGCACCAACAAGCCUGCCUGCCAUCAAAACUUCGUUAUCAUUAUUGGAAAUGCUCAUUCGUUUGACUGCACUGCAACAAUUCCAACAGUCAUCCCACCUCGCCAUCCCAGAUGAAUUCCUCAACUUCUUCUUAUCGGACAGCAGUACAGUAGGCGCAGGUGGCGACGCUGAAAUGCGACGCCGCGUGCGCCGGCAAGCCCGCAUGCGAGUCGGAUUUGAUCCCUACGACGAGAGUCCAAUUAAGCGCCGGGGCGAGGACUACCUCGAACACGAGUUACACGACGGCUACGACCCAGCAACUCCAGGAGAAGAUGGUGCCGGCCAAUCAUACGAUUACGAUGGGUAUCCGAUUGCUCGGCGCUCUUCCUCCGCGUAUUCGCGCUCUCGCCCAGGUACACCGGGUCACUCGUCUUCGACAUACAGCACGACACCCGUGUCGAAUGCGCACGCUGCAUAUUCUGCAGUUGAUGUAUCGAGUUCCAGUCGGUCGGGUAUGUCGCAUGGAAACACCGCAUCGCCGAGUCCACUGCUGCGUCGAGCAACGACGCAGCCUGGUGGUCAACUGAAGACGCUCAAGCAGCCUAGUUUCCGCCCGUCUGCCUCGCGUCACGGACAUGAUGGUGUAUCUAGAGGACACUCGUUUAGAGGCAGUGCACCGCCGGAUACGCCGCCGGGGACUGUGGAAAGGUAG